AUGGGAGCUUACGUACAGAAACCGAGGAUUAAUAGAACAUUGAUAUCUUUAAAAGUGGUAGUGUUCUUUGUUAUAAGCGGCAUAACGGCUUUACACAUUUUGCAUGCUAUUAAACCUUUACUCCUGGGUUUUAAUUUCGAAGAAUAUCGCAAAAUUAGUAUUAUAGCUCCAUUCGUAUCGAUAUUGGGCCCAUUGAUAGCCGGUCCUUUGGCUGAUCGAUUGGCGGCAAAAAAUGCGAAUAAUUUUGGCCGUUGCCUACGCUUACUGACCGCAAUAUUUUUAUUGAUUGCUGCCAUCAUUUACGCUUGCCUGUUUGCGGUGCCCGAGGUGCAACGGGAAGAGGCUCGACGUCCACGGGUUAGUUUCGGUUGCGAUGUCAAUGGAGCGAUAGUAUUUCAAGAACGCUGCUCUGAUGAGGACAUGUGUCAUCACGGAAAAGAGCGGCACGGUCGCAUUGAUCUCACCAAUUGUACGUACGCCUGUCAGGAUCCUACGAAAUAUGAGAACAUGUAUACGCCUUGGUUGGAGCAUAUACCCACACCAUCUCCGUCUACCGAACAUAGUUCAGAAUUUGAUUACGAAGAUGAUUCCGCGGGGGCAGUAACCGAAAGUUUAAGGGCUCGCCGUGCCGCUAAAACUUCGGAAUCCUCCCUUGAAUUCGGCGGUGAGUUGCUAAGCGCUGAAGUGCACUCGAGACCAAGCAGAGCAGUGAAAUCUGCACCGUCCAAAGUGUAUGUGGAGCCACCGCAUUUAUGUUUAGUAGAGAAGACGGCUAAUGAGGAGCCAAAGGUAACUAACUGCCACGUCUACACAGACGAUACCGAUAGCAUACUUGUGGACACUGUAAUGAGAGAAGCUAUAAAUGACGGUAACGACACACAUAGUGCUGGUUGGUGUAAUUAUCCAUUGGAUGGCUUCCAGUGUCAGGUGCCCUUACAGCAAGCCAAUUACAUGAUACAGUUGAAGAAUGGCAGUGAUUGCAAACCAAUGAUCGAGUGCCAGGUGGUUAAUCCUUACGAUUACAAGGACAGCGUUUUGGCGCAUAGUGAAUGUGUAAAAAUCACUGGUGAUUUAGAGGCCACGCUUGGAGGUUACAUGGCCAUACGUAUUUUGGGUGAUAUUUUCCCUAUGGCUGCGUUAACGCUGUUAAACACUGCUAUUGUUGUAGCAGUAAGGGAAACUUCUGAAGGACGUGGAGAAAUUUGUCGUCAAUAUGCUUGGGGUGCGGUGGGAUAUGUUUUGCUCAUUUCUCCUUUAGAUGUAUUCUUUUUCAAUCAGGAAUCCUGGGAAACGGCCGCUAUGGUAGCCUUAAUAUUGGUUAUCAUUUGCUUUGUUUUGGCUGCCAUCGUUUUACUUAUUGCCUCCAAUAUGCCUUUAAGUCCUCCUGAAUGGUGGUGGCACACCAAGACCGGUAUGCUAGUAUAUCCCAUGUCAGCCAUACGUAAAUAUGGACCGGAAAUAUUUGUUCUAUGCUUGGUUUGCCUUCUCUUUGGUACGUUCUGGAGUAGCAUACACAGCUAUCUGAUGUGGACUUUUGCCGGGGCUUAUGCCAUACCGUUCGCCGCAUUGCUCUUAGUAGUGGUGUUAUUUUUAAAUCUGGAUAAAUUUAUUGAAUAUUGCGGUCAUUCGAACAUCUUUAUUGCUGGAUUUGCAGUCCUAGUUAUACGUUUUACAGCACUAAGCUGCAAGGAUGCCGUAUGGUUUAUUGUGCUGACCGAAGUCCUUGAACCGGUAGUCGUUGGGAUUGUAUGGAUUACUAUAAUACUAUAUAUGCGUCAUGUAAUGCCUCGUAAAUUAACUGCCACUGGUCAAGCCAUAGCCAUUAUAAUGUUCUUUGGUUUAGGAAAAGGCUUUGGUGCUUUGAUUGGCCUGGUACGUGAUGAAAAAUAUCCCGACAUGCAAGCCGGCGUUUUACAUGAAACUUUAGCCGUCUUAGCUUGUCUGAUUGCUCUCAUUUAUUUUGUGAUUUAUAAUUUAAUACUGGCACCUCGAUGCACCGCCAAACCGGUGACACAUAUUGACGACAUGCUUACUGGAUCGGCAUCGCAAACUUUUGCAAACGGUGGCGGCGGUGGUGGUGGGGUAGGCAGUGCUGGUGCUCCUAUUAACGGCACCGGAACCGGCAAUGGAAGCAGUUACUCACCUUUACGCAUUUACCACAAUGAGCGCGGAAAGAAAGGACAAUUCAGAUACUAAGCUAAGACUCACACAAACACAUACACAUAUACAAACACACGCGCACUUAUUUAAUGUCCUCUUUCGAUUUUAACCCUCGCCAGCUAAAAAAUGAAUCACGAAAACAUUAAAAAAAUUUUUACCUACUCAUCUAAUUGCAGCAAAUAAAAAGUAUGCGGUGAUCAUAUUUUUCAAAAAGGCAAUUGCGAAAUAAUAAUAAUGGUUAAGGAGAGGUAACCUUGUCCGGGCAUAUACAUUGCGAUGCAAGCCAUGAGCAUUUUGAUGAGUAGUUCACAGCGCGCAUUUAACAUUGAAAUUCGAUUAAUAAUUUCUGUGCGAACAAAUCUGCCACAAUUAUGUAUUUUAAUUUCAUAAUGAAGUAGUGGGAUGCAUGCCAAAGCAUACUUUCUAUUUGUUAUUACUCGCUAAUUAACAGUGAAACUGAAUAACAAUAUUUAAAGUUGUUUUAUCUUAAGCUUGCUAAGCAGAGGAAGGGAAUAAUAAAUGAGUACAGAACAUUUAAAUAUAAUCUUAAAUUAAAUGUAAUUUAAAUUAACUAAUCAAUUAUUACAAAUAUAAGUUUUUUAAUU